UUAAGGCAAGUUAAAAGCCAAUCAGUGAUGUUUCUACUCACCCACAGCACUGAGGAAUGGGGGAUAUGAGAGUUUCAGGAGUUAAUGCUUUUUCUCAUCAGACUUAGACCACCAUGCCUGUUUCAUAACGUCUGCUCAAAAGGUACGGGCCUUGUAAGCAUGAUGCCAACAUCAUACCUAUUGAUUCAGAGAGCUGUUCAGUGCUCCUUGGUUUUCUUCACUUGCAUUUUUGGUAUUCUGGGAGAUGUCUAUCUGCAAGUUCCUCAGGAGUGCAUCAUGGGAUAUGAAGAGGAGUCCAUUCUACUGUCUGUCUCCUACAACCUCUCCAAGCCUGUUAAAUUUCUUCAAAUCAAGUGGGAAUUCCUGCCGGAGAUGUCAGUUGUUUUAAUGCAUACAAUUCGACAGUCGACUGCAGUUAAUGGGUCUUCAGAAAAGUUUAGCAACAAGAGCUUUACAUCCGCACAGUACAGAAAUCGGGUCAGUGUAUGCAUACAAAAUGGCUCCCUGCAGAUUGAGGCGCUUCAUAAGAAUGACAGUGGUGCCUAUCGGAUAACAGUCAAAGAUUCCCAGAGCUCUGUGACAAACAUCCUGAACCUGACAGUGUUGCCACACUGUUGUAAGAGCAUUUCAUUUAAUCCCUUAAAAAAUGCAGCUUCUUAUGAAUUUUAUUUACUAACUACUUGUUUUCCAUUGUAUGAGAACCAUCUAUACAGGUGA